UACUUCUGUUCACCUUUUGAAUACAUUCAACGAGAGAGAGAGUAAAGAAAAGAGAAUUUUCCCAGGCUCUGGGGUGGGCUUGGCUCAGCUCAGGGAGGAAGCCCUGCCUGAAAAGGCUGCAGCUUAGGCUGUCACUCUUUCUUCACUCAGCCCAGCGUCUGAUCACAUCUACUGUCACUCCGGGCCUGAGGGGGCGGGGUCUUAAGCAUUAUCCAAUCAGGGACGGCGGGCUGGAAACCAUCCAAUCAGAAACGCAGCUGGAGUGAAGAGGGCGGUUUCCGGGUUUGGUGAGGCCUUUGUCUCUCGCUGUAGUCAGAGCUCUAGGUCUCGUUCUCACUGCUCCUGGACGCUCAGGCUGUGUGGUCCUGUGUCCUGCAGGUAUUGGGACAUCCACAGCUAAGACACCGGGACCUCCUGGAAGCCAAAAAUGGGACCAUUGCAAUUUAGAGAUGUGGCCAUAGAAUUCUCUCUGGAGGAGUGGCAUUGCCUGGACACUGCACAGCGGAAUUUAUAUAGGAAUGUGAUGUUAGAGAACUACAAAAACCUGGUCUUCCUUGGUAUUCCUGUUUCUAAGCCAGACCUGAUCACCUGUCUGGAGCAAGGAAAAAAACCUUUGACUAUGAAGAGACAUGAGAUGGUAGCCAAAUCCCCAGUUAUAUAUUCUCAUUUUGCCCAAGACCUUUGGCCAGAGCAGAGCAUAAAAGAUACUUUCCAAAAAGUGAUACUGAGAAGGUAUGAAAAAUGUGGACAUGGGGAUUUACAGUUAAAAAAAGGACCUGAAAGUGUGGAUGAGUGCAGGGUGCACAAGAAGGUGCACAAGAAGGUGCACAAGGUGCACAAAGAAGGUUAUAAUGAACUUAACCAGUGUUUGACAACUACCCCGAGAAAAAUAUUUCAAUGUGAUAAAUAUGUGAAAGUGUUUCAUCAAUUUUCAAAUUCAAACAGACAAAAGAGAGGACAUACUGGGAAAAAACCUUUCAAAUAUAUAGAAUGUGGCAAAUCUUAUAAGCAGUUAUCAACUCUUACUACACAUAAGAAAAUUCACACUGGAGAGAAACCCUACAAAUGUGAAGAAUGUGGCAAAGUCUUUAACUACUUUUGCAGCCUUACUAGACAUAAGAAAAUUCACACUGGAGAGAAACCCUACAAAUGUGAAGACUGUGGCAAAGCCUUUAAGCACUCCUCCACUCUUACUACCCAUAAGAGAAAUCAUACUGGAGAGAAACCGUACAAGUGUGAUAAAUGUGGCAAAGCCUUUAUGUCAUCCUCAGCCCUUAGUAAACAUGAGAUCAUUCAUACGGAAAAGAAACCCUAUAAAUGUGAAGAAUGUGGCAAAGCCUUCAACCGGUCCUCAACCCUUACGACACAUAAGAUAAUUCAUACUGGAGAGAAACCCUACAAAUGUGAAGAAUGUGGCAAAGCCUUUAAGUACUCCUAUAACCUUACUACACAUAAGAGAAUUCAUACUGAAGAGAAACCAUACAAAUGUGAAGAAUGUGGCAAAGCCUUUAAAUACUCCUCUACCCUUAAUACACAUAAGAAAAUUCAUACUGGAGAGAAACCCUACAAAUGUGAAGAAUGUGGCAAAGCCUUCAAGCGGUCCUCAGACCUUACUACACAUAAGACAAUUCAUACUGGAGAGAAACCCUACAACUGUGAAGCAUGUGGCAAAGCUUUUAAGUACUCCUCUAACCUUACUACACAUAAGAAAAUUCAUACUGGAGAGAGACCCUACAAAUGUGAAGAAUGUGGCAAAGCAUUCAGGCGGUCCUCAGACCUUACUACACAUAAGAUAAUUCAUACUGGAGAGAAGCCCUACAACUGUGAAGCAUGUGGCAAAGCUUUUAAUUACUCCUCUAACCUUACUACACAUAAGAAAAUUCAUACUGGAGAGAAACCCUACAAAUGUGAAGAAUGUGGCAAAGCCUUUCACCAGUCCUCACACCUUACUGCACAUAAGAGAAUUCAUACCGGAGAGAAAUUCUACAAAUGUGAAGAAUGUGGUAAAACCUUCAAGCAGUCCUCACGCCUUACUACACGUAAGAUAAUUCAUACUCGAGAGAAAUUCUACAAAUGUGAAGAAUGCAGCAAAGCUUUUAAGCAGUUCUCUAACCUUACUACACAUAAGAAAAUUCAUACUGGAAAACCCUACAGAUGUGAAGAAUGUGGCAAAGCCUUUGAGCGCUCCUCUAAACUUACUACACAUAAGAGAUUUCAUACUGGAGAGAAACCCUACAGAUGUGAGUAAUGUGGCAGAGCUUUUCACCUAUCCUCACACCUUACUACACAUAAGAUAAUUCAUACUGGAGAGAAACCACAUGAAUGUGAUGAAUGUGGAAAAGCUUUUAACCAGCCCUCAAUUCUAACUAUGAGAAUUGAUAUGGAAUAUAAACCCUACAAAUAUAAAGAAUGCGACAAAUUUUUUAAGGAACUUCUCAAAUUUUAUUACACAUAAUUCAUACUGGAAAGAAACUCCACAAGUUUGAAGAAUGUGGCAAGGCAUAUAACAAGUUCUUUUUUUUUUUUUUUUUUUUUUGUUUUUUUUUUUUUUUUGAGAUAGAGUUUUUUCUCUUAU